UCAGCGUAGUGCCACGGUUGUGCUCUCGUGAAAAGAACCUAGCACAAGCAGAAGCAGCAGCUCCUUGUUCUAUUAGUGUAGUUCCAGAUAUCAAUCAAAACACACACACGCUUCUAUUCUCAUACACACGCAGGCUAGAAGUAGAGUAACCGAGGAAGAAGAAAGUUCCGUUUGUUUCGGUGCGGGAGCAAAAGAGAAAGAAUAGGUGGAAAUUGAUUUUUUUUGCCUGCAAAUUUUCUACUGCAAGUGAAUAACAAACCCAUUCAAAAAGUAAUCCAUUCAGAACGGGUGAACCAGCAGAAACAGUGCGGACAGUGCGAAAUUGGCUUGGUUUGUGACAUUUCGGUAAAAACUCGAGCAAAGUUUUUAGGAUCGAAGUGACUGCGAAAGUUGCACGAUUCGAAAAGUGCGGAAGUGAAUCAGUGCGUACGGCGGCGGUAAGGCAAGUCCGCAGAGAAAAUCAUUCGUUGUGAAAGUAAGGUAACAGAACAGCCUCAAAAUUACUACUUCAAUCAUGACCAACAAAGUGCUAGCAGCCGUACAAGAUCUACAAAAACAAAAUGGCGAACCGCAGAACACCGCAGCAGCGUCAUCGGGAUCGGAGAACGCCCGAACCAAUCUGAUUGUCAACUAUCUGCCCCAGACGAUGACCGAGGAGGAGAUCCGAUCGUUGUUCUCGAGCGUCGGAGAGGUAGAAAGUGUCAAGCUGGUGCGCGACAAAAAUGUUAUAUAUCCGGGUCAACCAAAGGGACAGAGUUUAGGGUAUGGCUUUGUAAACUUCCACCGAUCGCAGGAUGCUGAGCAGGCGGUGAAUGUGUUGAACGGAUUGCGGCUGCAGAACAAAGUGCUGAAAGUGUCUUUUGCACGGCCCAGCUCGGAAGGCAUCAAAGGAGCAAAUCUUUACAUCUCUGGCUUGCCGAAAACCAUUACACAGGAAGAAUUGGAAGUUAUUUUUAGACCAUACGGGGAGAUCAUAACUAGCCGGGUUUUGGUCCAGGAUGGAAAUGAUAAACCUAAGGGGGUUGGUUUUAUCCGGUUUGAUCAGCGUAAAGAGGCGGAGCGUGCCAUUGCCGCACUCAAUGGAACUACGCCGAAAGGUUUGACCGAUCCUAUCACGGUCAAAUUCUCGAAUACUCCCGGACAGAAUUCAGGCGCAAAACUUGUGCAACCCACUUUGCCCACCUUCCUGAACCCACAGUUGACACGCCGACUUGGAGCUAUACAUCAUCCCAUCAACAAAGGCUUGGCUCGUUUCUCGCCGAUGGGAGGAGAAGUUCUGGAUAUGAUGCUACCGACAGCACCAACAAACGGUAUUGGCGCCGUUGCUCCGUCUGGUGGCUGGAGUAUUUUCAUCUAUAAUCUCGCGCCGGAAACCGAAGAAAACACCCUGUGGCAACUCUUUGGUCCAUUUGGCGCCGUUCAAAACGUUAAGAUCAUCAAGGACUCCGCAACGAACCAGUGCAAAGGCUACGGUUUUGUCACGAUGACCAACUACGAGGAGGCGAUGCUCGCUAUCCGAUCUCUCAACGGAUAUACCCUUGGCCAGCGGGUGUUACAAGUCAGCUUCAAAACCAACAAAUCAAACUCCGGUUUGGGUGAACUUUAAAAAGGCAGAUUGGAAGACAGUACACAGUAGGAGGGAGUAUAUCAAACGCAUCGGGACGCGCCGUCCUCUGUCUCUGGUCAAUUAUCCACCCCCAACAAAAUGAGUAACGAUGGUGCAAUACAAUCGAGUACAAUAUAUGUAGGAACGAAAUACAACACGUGAGCGAGAGAGAGAGGAGGGGUGCGAUUUUUUUUGGCACGGAGGAGGGUGGCGGUUCCGAUGAGUUUGAUAUUUUCCAGCUUUUUCAUUCAAAACGGGUGCGCAUGCGGAUGGUCAAAGUAAGCGGUGAAAAACACAACCCCUCAACACCAAGGAAAUCACGGCGCGCGAAAUAGAAGACCUCGGUGAAAACGAUGAAAAAACAAACGCAAAAAAACCCAAGCAGGCUAGAGAGAGCGCGAGAUGAAGCGAGAUAGCAGGAGACAAGUAUGUGUGUUGGUGUGUACUUCGGUACCCCCUUGUAUUCUGGAUUUUAUAUUCACUUUUUCUAGCAAAUCACAUUUUUCUCUGCUCUUGCUCUUGUUAGCGCUAAUUCACUAAUCAUCGUAUUUGAGAGUUCAUUACUACUGCUUUGAUUGGCGCAUAUUCGGCUAGCGCUUGUACUUGUGCACUCAUACAAACACAAACACACCGUGCGUGUGCACUCGUUCACGUCAGGGGAAUUAAUUGGCGUCCCGUUUUGUGAAGUUUUCUCCGCUUCUUGCGGCGGAGAUUGUUCACACACACACAGAAUGUGCAGCUGGAAAGACAAAGAAAAAGAAAAAAAUGGCAAUGAUAACAACAAGAGGCGUGGGAUGAUUGAGAUCAGGCCCCGUCGUGCAAUGUGUAUUUGAUUUCGAGCUUCAACACGCUGCGGCUUGUGAUUGGGCGGGGAACGACUUGAUAGUCCACGUUCCACGUUAAAAGAUAAAACUUCCUCUGGUAGGAAGGCUAGGUAACGCACCGAAAUUUCUGUUUUCCCAAGAAAAUAAGCGCUACCACUAUGAAAGAAUAAGCGGUUGGGAAAAAAGAAGAUUAAUGAUAGUAUUGAUGACGAAAACGACGAUCAAUAAGUAACAAAGUCCGCUGACGAGCAGUCAGCGGAAAAUGAAAACUGAAAGAAACACGAAAAUCUAGUCAAAAGAAAAAGAAACUUUUACAAAAGCAACAUGUAACAGGAUAGGUUCUUUAAUGCGUUAGAAUUAAAUGUUCCCCUAAUAUAUAUACAAAAAAACACACGCAGUGAAGGAACUACAACUAAACUCUAUAGAGAAUGUGUAUUUUCGUGGAAGUGGUACUGCAAUAUUUAUUCAAGAAACUCUAAGCUAUAAACAUACCAACAUCACCACGAUUCAGUUCCACCACGCAGCCACUGUAAACUGCAGAGGGCAUGUUUCGGAGCAUAACGCGAAAAAAAAGCUGCGAUGAGAAACGAUACAAGAUAGUAAGAUUAAAUUAAUAUUUUAGGAAAAUUUUAUUUAUUUGUGCAACUUAUUUAUUGACAAACGGCAAACGACAGCUGGAGUAGUGUAAUCAGAGCAAAGAAAGUUUACUUUGAGACAAACAAAACUUAUUGUAAUUUUAAAGCGAAAGCAAAGAAAGCAAAUAAUGAAGAAGAGAGAGAAAAAAACAUAACAGUAAUGUAUAAACAUUCACAGAUACAGAAGCUAUCGAUGGAAGAACGCGCAAAUUGAAAGAGACACAAAACGAACGAACGAACGAAAAAAAAACAAAACGUACUUAAAGCGAAGACGAGAGAGGAGAGCCAGUUUUCUUCGGAACAAGUGGAGAUAAAGUAGAAUCGCUAGUUUUCUAUCCUUCCGGGGAUGUUCUGUUUACUUUUUGCCAGAUUUUUUUUAGUCUAAAAAUGGCAGAAUGCUUAAGUUUAAAGUGACACGUGCAUCACACCGACACCAUGUGUCACAAAACUGUUGUCAGUCGCGAGACAGUGACACAUUAACAUUUUCUCAAUAGCGGUAGAUUUUUAUAUACGACAAAUGGACACACAUACUCAUUAGUUUACAAGCAAAAACCCACCACUGACCGCCACUUUUUGUCUUUGUUCAAGACUUAAAACAUUGGCAUAUUUGUACUUGUUGAGCAACAUGAUUGCAACUCUUUGAGAAAGGCUUUUACUUUUAAACAAUCGAGCGAAGCGAAACAAAAUAAAUUUAAGCUGAUAAAAAGCGGUACAUUUGACACGUAGAAAGUCUAUACAAAUGUUGUUUCCGAUUUAUUUCUACUCAAACGCGUAGAAAUGGGUUUGGAGUUCGUAUAUACCUAACAACAACAUUCACUGGGUAACCGAAUAAUAUAUGCAAGAAGUAUGAAAAGAAGAAAAAAAUAUUACAAUGUCGCACAGUAUCUUUAAGAUAAAGAUAAAACAAGUUAUUAAUAUAUACAAAAUGGACUCCUUAUAGAAGAAAGCAGCAUAGAAAAUCCAAAAAUACUCCCCAUCCCAUUUCUCAUUAAAAAAAAACAUUGAUAUUGCAAGCAAAAAAAGCAUCCGAUGUGACAUAAAAGGCAGAAAGCUGAGUCGUAUUUUACGUUCCAUGUUCUACUUUAUUCUCGCUUUUGGUUCGAUUUUUUCGCUUUACUUUUUUUUAAUUUUAAGUUUCCACGGAAAACAACUAUUCCUCCAUUUAUAGAGUAGUAAUUUACACAAAUGUCAUUUCGUGAUUUUUCUAGUCCACUCUGACACCGCAUCGCGCUGCUGCUAAUCGCAGCAGGCUGCUGUCGUCAGUGAGAUGAAGGAACAUUCCUCCCGCGGGGGAUCGUCUCCGUUCGUAUGCAAAAGUACACACAAAAACCGAACACCCGAAUCUAUUCCAUAAAACUGUGAUACAAGCAAAACAAGGAUAAACCUACGUUAAGAGAAAAAAAAACAAAACAUGUAUUGGCACAUUAAAACACACACUCACACACACACAUACAUACUCGACGCGUGAGUGCGACGCUUCCCGCGCGCACUCUGUGUGGCGGCGAAUAUUUUUAGUUCGCGCUAAUACUUUUCGAUCUUUUUUCCACGCGCAUUCCUGCGAAUGCCCUAUUCUUCCCGGCGGCGGCGCCUGGCCCUGCUGGAUUUGCUAUGCAGAGGGCACGCGCCGCGCAUCCGCCAUUUGACAUUUGACGACGGUUGACACACGGCAAACAUAAUGGAUUACAGACAAAAGUCAGAGCUGAGUGGAGCUCUCUCGCUCUCUCUCUGUGUUUGGAUCUGUUGUGAUGUGUUUUCAGUUUCACUGUUACUUGGUUAUUUUGUUUUUUCCUCUUUUAUUCUCUCGAUUAUGCGUUCGUUUUGUUUUUAUAUUGUUUUCAUUUCGUUUGAUUUGGUUUCUUUCUUUUUGGUGCUUUUAAUUUCGGUUGGUGAGCGUUAAGAGAAUCUUGUCAAAAACAAAUCGAUCAGAUCACACAAUAAGGAACAUCAUUAUUUGCUUCAAAUUUAGUGUAUAUCUUUAAAAUAGAAAAACAAAAAAAAAACAACUAAAGGGAUCUGUUUCCAACUCAUCAUCUGAAUUUUGGUUUGCUUCAUUAUUACUUUUAAGUUUCGAAAGGAAGUGCUUACACACACACAACGCGCGAAUAGUAAUUUUCUUUUUCUUUUUAUUAUGAUUUCGUUUCGUAAGUACACCAGAACGCGUCAAUGUCAGAGAGUGUAGGCAAAGGCAGGUGUUAGUUUGUAGUCUCAAGUGUCAGGUGUCUGACUUUAUGGGUUUUGAGUUACUUAUUAUUUCAGUUAUUCAUUGUUGUUUUCGUCUUCUUUUUUUCUUUUCAAUACAUUUUAGUUAUAGUCUUAUUUUAUUUUAGUUCUGCCCGAGGGCUGGAAUUGCUUUGGGGAAAAGGUGUGAACAUCACAAUUGUUUUUUUUUUACUCUUGUUUUCCUCCCCCGGGUGAGACUAUUUAUAAGUUACAUCAGUUAUUGGCAAAAUCAAUGGCCCUCAUUUUUUUUUUGAUUAAAAAAAGUAAACACAUCGUAAUCAUUCUUGAAAUCUCAUCUAUCAUGUUCUUUUUGAAUGAAAACAAAAGUUUUUCUUGUAGAAAAAAGCAACUUGUAUUCCCGAAAAAAAACAGUGACAAAAAAAGUGCACAGAUCAGAAAAAGCUUCAAAUAAGUUUAACUAAAGGCAAACAAGAACCAAAAGUUUUUGGAAAUUUAUAGCGCUGACGAUGGCCCACAGGUUUUCAAUAGGGUUAAGAUCUGGGCUUCGUGGGGGCCAUUAAAUGGGUUUGAUACUAUACGACCGGAAUAAUGACUUUGUUAUCUAUGCCGUGUGGUUCGGAUCGUUAUUCUGCUGAAAAACGAAGCGCUUCUCAAAGCCCGUCUUGAUGAGGGAGACCUCGGCAUUACUUUUCCAGUACUGCAGCGGCUUAUCAGCGUGUUCCUUGGCGAAUUUGAGCCGUUCCCCUGUUAAUGAAAGGUUGCUGAACCCAUGCGACAACGGACAGUCCGAUGCGAAACUGAAAGUUGAUGCUCUUCCUGGAUCUGCCGGAUGGUAAAUUUCCGAUUUAUCUUCACUUUCCGUUUGAAGUUAUGUCUGUUCUGGCAUCUGUUUCGAGUUCCCUACCUCUGUCUGAGCGAUCGACUACCGAUCGUCUACAAAUUCUAAAUAAUUUUUCCGAUAAUUGUUGCCUUGCUGAUGUAUCGUUUCGGAUGCACAAAGAAAUCGUUUUUGAAAUAAUUGCGUUCUCCAUUUUUCUCGAUUUCACCGGGAGCGAACACGUUUACAAAUGCUCAAAGCCAAGCCAGUUGUUUCUAAACGUCAAAAUACUCAGAACAUAAACAAUAGAGAGGGGUCUAACGAUGGAAACUUAUCUAAAAUAUAUCAAUUUUCACAGGUGGAACUUUAUUUUCUCACUAUUUUUUUCUAUAAAAAAACUUGUUUUUCUCAGUGCAACAUGAAUGAAAUCUCUAAAAAAAACAUAAACAAGAUUUGAAGAAUGAUUACGAUGUUUUUACUUUUAUUUUAACCAGAAAAACGAAAUAAAUGAAAUAAAUUAGCACUUCAUUUUGCCAAUCACGGUACUGAUCAUUUCUUGGGUUUACUUCAUUGAUCGCAUGAUGUACUAUCGUAUCAUUACCACAUUAUCAUUUUAUGUUUAUUUUCUCUUAAUUUUUAUUUCUUUUCUUGUGUGUUUUUUUCUCUUUUUCUUUUUUUUCUAGGAUUUAUGUUAGAAAGAAUUGAGAGUGAUGUGUGCAAUAGGAUGUGACUAUAUGUUUCCUUUUCCUUCUUUUCACCUUACACCACUUUUUCUCGCUUUUGCUUAGAUUGUAAUGUGGAAAAAAAAAAGCUGAGAACAAGUAGUAGUAUAUAUAUUUAGCAAGAAACGUACAGAGAGAAACACUAUUUAUUUAAACAGAAUUUCAUACUUAUUUAAAACCUAGUUUGGAUAGCGGAAGUUUAGUACCGUAAGCACACCUUUUUUUGUCAUGAAUGGUUUGUUCUGUGACCACUCGGUUGCGAGAUUUUUACCGUUUUCAGACAAAGCGCAGCAUACUCUGUUUAUUUGAGUAUUUUUAACAGUGAAAAUCCGUCAAGCUAUGUUUUAUUAGUUCCUUAUCAAAUUGGAGUCAAGCGGAAACGAAAGUGAUCAUGAAAUCCAGCAAACUGUUCGAUAGAAGCGAAAAACAAAACAAACAAAAAAUAUGAAAAUUUGGAAUCAGAAGUACAAAAACGCGCGUGCGAAGAAGAUAAAUAAAAUACUUGCAUUCCCACAGGUUUUCAAAUCGAAAUCAGUUAGAUAAGCCAGCAACAACAGUUUGCUGGAAUGACACUUUGCAAACGAAAACAUUCAGUAUCGAAUGACAAGAGAACAAAACCCAUUACACAGAGACCACCAACUUGUUAGUAAAUAGCUUGAUUUCAGUUAAACGAUUAGUUUCAUAGUAUUUUUUAGAGAAGAAAGCAAUGUUUCAAACAUCUGUGCAAAACUAAUUAUAAACCACCCUCAAGAGGAAAUGGAAGUGAAUCUUAAACAAACUAAACAAUCGAAUUUUUUCGAGGAAAAAAAACAAAAAUUGAUAGCUGAAAAAUAGUCCUAACGAUUUGUCACGUUUUGUAACUUGUGUUAGUAUUUCCUCUUGUCUUAUUUUGUGUUAGUUUUUCCACCAACAAAAAAAAAUGCGAAAAUCGAUUCAAACUGAUUACAACAACAAAACAGAGAAAGCUGACAUAUUGAUAAAAAAAGCAUCAAUUAUAAUUAUAGCCUUGAUUUGUCAUUAUUUAUAUUCAAAUUAAUCAAUGUAUGAUUUUAUUUUUCUAAAUAUGUUCUUGUGUAUAUAUAAAAAUUAUGAGAAAAAAAAACAAGCAUUAAAUAGUGAAAAAUAUGGAAUACAAUAAAAUCUUAUAAUUUA